AGUUCAUGGAAAAUGACCAGAAAGUACAAUUAUCUGUGAAAGGACUUCCAGUUUAAGCCGGGAUCUCAUCACACUAGUUACAGACUUCUGGAAUUCACAAAGGCUCUUGAGUUUCUCUUGCUUUCUGCAUGAUCUAAAACAGUUAAUAACUGAGUGAUCUUGUAAGUUGGGUAAUCUAAGUUCGGCAGUUUUUCUGAACAGCUUUUUAAUCUGUUGGAGAGACUGUACAACGGUGCUAGCCUGGAAUGGAAGUUCAGAAUCUUUCCUUUUUAAAUCUGUUCUCAAGAGAGGUGUGGACCGUUGCAGUGUUUUUAUUUGUUUUCUUGAUUGUGUUUGAUGUUCUCCACACUCGUGUUCCCAAGAAUUUUCCACCUGGUCCCUUCGGACUGCCGUUUUUCGGUAAUACCUUUCAGCUGGACCUAAAGAAUCCUCAUCUCCAGUUUUGCAAGUUUGCAGAGAAGUAUGGAGAUAUUUUUAGCCUGAGGAUUGGAUAUUCUUACCUUGUUGUCAUAAAUGGUUUAAAUGCUUUUAAAGAGGCUAUAGUUCACCAGACAGAUGUUUUUGCGGGAACAGCAGCAUUUCCAGUUUUUGAUGAUAUUGUCAAGGGACACGGUAUACAGUUCUCGAAUGGAAACGUAUGGAAAGAGCAACGGAAGUUUGCACAAAUGACAUUAAGAAGAUUUGGUGUUGGGCAAAAGUCUUUGGAAGCGCAAAUUCUUGAGAAAAUUAAAGAUCUUCAAGAUGCAUUCAAACGAGAGAAGGGACAACCAUUCAAUCCUCAAACCAAGAUACAUAUAUCAAUUUUAAACAUAAUCUGUUCAAUUGUUCUCGGAGAACAGUAUGACUGUGAUGGUACCCAUGCUGAUAUACAAGAAAUCCGUCUUUUGCUUGACAAAUUUGCAAAUCUUUUGAAGAGUAUUUGGGUUCAGCUAUAUAAUUCAUUUCCAAAAUUAGUGAGACAUCUGCCAGGCCCACAUAAUGAUCUAUUUGCUUCAUGGAAAAGUUUAGAGGACCUUUUCCAAAAGAACAUCAAGCAGCACCGGGAGAGAUGGAACCCAACAGAACAAAGGGAUUUCAUUGACUGCUUCCUAUCACAAAUGCAAAAGGCUGCUCCUAACUCUAGUUUUGAUGACCAAAAUCUGCUGUAUACAUCAUUGGAUCUUUUCUUUGCUGGAUCUGAGACGACAGCUACCACAUUACUUUGGGCACUGCUGUACAUGGCAGGGUAUCCAGACAUUCAAGAGAAAGUCCAUGAUGAGAUUGUGAGUGUAAUUGGCCAGCAAGAUCCUGUGAUGGAUGAUCGAGUCAAUCUUCCUUACACCAAUGCAGUUGUUCAUGAAAUACAGCGAAAGGGCUUCAUAGUCCCAUUUACUCUUAACAGGGAAACUACUCGAGAUACAACAGUGGGAAAAUACUUCAUACCAAAGGGCACACAAGUAAUUGCAAACCUCUACUCAGUGUUGAUGGACAAAUCAGAAUGGGAAACACCUGAGGAAUUUAAUCCUGAACACUUCCUGGACAAAAAUGGGAAAUUUGUGAGAAAGGAAGCAUUUGUCCCUUUCUCUGGAGGAAAACGCAACUGCAUGGGAGAACCACUGGCUAGAAUGCAAUUGUUCCUUUUCUUCACUUCUUUAAUGCAGAAGUUCAAAUUUGUUUUUCCCGUGGGUGUCAAGCCAAGUUUUGAUGCUGUAAUGCAUCUAUUAUGCAGCCCUCAGCCAUACAAGAUAUGCGCAGUUCCACGCUGAACCAGGAGAGCAGUAGUAUCUAUUGUAUGACACAAUACCUUGGCUCUUUGGACCAGUUUUCUAUCUUUCCUCUUUGCAACUCUGAAUCCUCUUCAACUCAAGAUCACUAAGAAAUCUCCCUUUUAAAAUCAAUGUUUCAAUAAAUGUGUUAUUCUAAUGCUUUGUGGAAACACGAGGAAAGGAAGCAUUCAAUUGUAAAAAAGAUCAGAACAUUCCCUCGAUUUAACACUUCUAAAGUAACUAAGUAUUUCUUUCUGGGUCAGCUCUUCCUGCUAAUCAAGGCUAAGAACAACCAUCUAACUUCUCUUUAGUCUCUCCCCCACAUCUUUCCAUCCAACAACUGUUCAUUGACAGUAUCAUCUGAAGGCAUAAGUCAGUUUUCACGUAGAAGCCCAUGACACAUUACAAUAUCUCUAAAUACUCAUAUCUUCUGUAUGUCCUGAUGAAGGAUGUUAGUCCAUUAACUCUUUAUUCCUCUUCAUAGAUGCUGCCCGGCCUGCUGAGUUCCUUCAGCAUUUUCUGUGUGUUACUCUGGAUUUUCAGCAUCUGCAGAAUCUCUUGUAUUUAUUUGUUCCUUCACUACUGUAUAAGCAGAAAUUUCACAAUUUCACAAAUCAGUCUUGCUACAAGUUCUUCAGCCAAUGCCAAUUCCACUUCCUUCUCUAAUGCUUGUCUGAAUUAGACCAUUUUUUAAACCUUCGAAUAGAUUACUUAGAUGUUCCUAAGCAAAAAUACUUACUUCUCCUGUAGGACAAUAAUAUUGAGGCCAACAGAGAAGAUUUCAAUAACUCACAAUUGACCAGAGUCAUUACUAGAAUCAUAAACUAACUUGAAGCCAUUAGAAGCUAAACAUCUCUACCCUGAUUCUUGCCCAGAACGGAAUCAGGGUAAUGUUUUGGGUGUAAACAUCUUCAAAUGCUUAAUUCUUAAUCAUCCUUACAUGCAAAUUCAAAUUGCAUUUGCAUCCUCUGAGAUUAGUGUAGUGUGUAUGUGCUUGCAUAAACUUGGACAGCAUUCAGCCUUGGGCAGGUAUGUAGCAUGUUAUAUUCACAAUGCACAAACUUGUGGCUAUAAAAAUCUACAAGAGAAAGUCUCACCGCUGUUCUUUGACUUUCAACAAAAUCACUACUGUUAAAUCCCCAAUUAUCAAGAUACUUGGAAAUACAGAUUGGAUUGGUUAAAACUUAACUGGAUUGGUUAACUAAAUACUGUGGUUACAAGAAUAGAUGAAAGGCAGGUUAUGUUAUGAUGCAUGACUCCCAUUUUGGUUCCCUCAAGACACAACUCAGGGGAGCGAUAGCAGGCAAAAUUAGUUCACCUCCUCCAUCAUUAAGACAUUUAAAACCAUCCCAUAUAUGCAACUCAUUUGCUUGUCACCACAUCCCCCACUCUUGUACAUUUAUUCUCUCCACUAUCAGCAAAUACAUCUUGACUAUAAUGUACAUCAUUACAAAAUCAUUAUUCUGACUUACAAGGCUUGUUUGUUAACACUUACCAUAUCCCUAGCUGCUAUCUACCUCAAAGGAGAAAAUUAGAGAUUUUAUAAGAAUAUCAACACCAAGUAGCUUCCCAUCAAGUUUCAUGUCAUUCUGAUUCAGAAAGUUUUUUUUAUGUUCCCUGGUUCGUCAAAAUUCUGAACUCCCUACCUGACAGUACAGUUGCUAAACACAAGAAAUUCUGCAGAUGUGGAAAAUCCAAAGCAACGUACACAAUGCUGGGAGGAACUCAGUAGGUCGGGCAGCAUCAAUGGAAAUGAACAAACAAUCAACAUUUUGGGCUGAGACUCUUCUUCAGGACUGGAAAGGAAUGAGGAAGAUAUUGGUUGGGGCAGUUUGUUUCUAGAGGUUGAGACAGAAAUUGAGAAAGGACAAGGAGAUAUCAGAAAUAUAUCAGGUGAAUUUAAGAGUAGGGUGGAAGCUGAAGACGAAGUUGGUGAACUUGACGAGCUCAGCACGGGCACAUGAAGCAGCCCAAAGCAGGUAUCAAUGUAGUGGAGGAAGAGUUGGGGAAUGUUACCAGGGAAGGCAUGGAACAUUGACUGUUCUACAUAGCCAAUUAAAAAGCAGGCAAAGCUGGGGCCCAUGUGGGUGCCCAUGGUCACGCCACAAGUCUAGAGAAAAUGGAAGGAGCUGAAGGAGAAAUUGUUGAAGGCGAAGACAGUUCUGCCUGAUGAAGGAGGGUGGUGAUAGAGCGAAACUAGUUGGUCCUUUUAUUGACAAAGAAGCAGAAAGUUUUAAGGCCUUCUUGUUGGGGAAUAGAAGUGUAUAGGGACUGGACAACCAUGGUGAAAAUAAGGUGGUCAGGGCAAGAGAAUUGAAAGUUAUUGAGGAGAGCGGGAGCAUGAGUAAUGUCAUGGAUGUUGGUGGGAAGGGACUGAACCAAGGAGGAUAGAAUGGUGUUGAGGUAUGAGGACAUAAGUUCAGUGGGGCAGGAGCUUGAUGAGAUCUGUGAUGGUCUUGCAGACAGUUUUCUGAUGGUUCUGAGUGGAGUCCUCUUCAAGGGGUAGGCAUGAGGAGGUGGCUGAGGAUUUUUGCCAGGCUUCAUCAAGAUAGAGUUCAGUGUGCCACACUGCAGUGUAACCCCUUUCACUGCAGGUUUGAUGGCAAGAUUAGGACUGGUGUAUAGAGAGUGGAGAACAGUGUAUUCAGAGGGAGUAAGUUUUGAGGAGGAGAGAGGAGUGCUGAGGUUGAGCCGGCUGAUAUCUUAUUGGCAAUUAGAGACUAAAAGAUGCAGUGAAGGCAGGGAACCAAUGUGGGGAAUCCAAGAAGAGGAGGAGCAUCGGAGAUGGGAGAAGGGAUCAUCAGUGCGGGGUGGGAAAUUCUUGCCGAUAAAGUGGGCUUGGAGAUGGAGGUGAUGGAAAAACAGCUUGGUGUUGGUGUGAGCAAAGGGGGACAAAGUCAAGGCCUUUGCUGAGGUCAUCUCAGAGAAGGAAAUGGUGAAGGCACAGCAGAGAUUAGAUCUGGCAUGAGAAUUGGAGGUGUCAUUGGAGAAGGGAAUUUUGUGUUCAGGGAAGGUAGGGUGGGACGAAGAUGGUGGCUCCGAGGACCCAAGAAGUGACCUUGGAUCCUGAGGGACCUGGAAUUGGAGGGUGGUGGUGGUGGUGGGGGAAGGGGAGACGGGAGGCCCAGCAGCAGCGAGGUAGGUUGAGGCUGGAGCAAGAUCUAAACACUGCACGUUUUGCAGUCUGAUAGCGUCUAGGGUCACAGGAACCAGCAUUGGUGAUGAGAGAAUCUGAGGUCUGGAUCCCCUUCGAUCCAGUACAAUCGGUAUAUUUUUAUCACAAUUCAAUUAUGGGUUAUGGUUCAAAAUCAUGCAUUACCAUCACUUUCUCAAACGUCUCUCUGGGGUAAGUAUGAUAUACUGGACCUGCUGUCAAUACCCAUAUCCCAUAACUGAAUUUUAAAGAAGAAUGGCUUCAUCACUUGCAUAUUUAUCCGCUUUACUUAAUGCUGUCCUGCCCCUUCUUUCACCAACUCCAAUAUGCAAUGUGUUGCCAUGUGCAUCUUGUCUACUUGAGCACUCAGUCAUUGUGAUUCAGUCCCAAUGAUCCACAUCAGCUCAUGGCAUAUUGAAUAAAUAGCCUUAAAUCUUCUUGCGCUUUCCCCCUGCCCUGUUCCUGCAUCCCACUCCACCUGUCUGCCCUUUCCAUCCUCUGUUUCUUUAGUUCCCACAUUUUAUACAUCCAGUCCACUCUUGGUAUUAGCCAUCCAGGCCCAAAUAUGUGGAAUUUUCUUUCUUAAUGCCUACAAUUCCUUCGCCAAUCUGUUAUAAAAAUAAAUAUUGCUGUUCCUCUGUUCUGAGAAUUCUUUGGGCACUCGCAAUCUCUCCUGCAAGAGCAUCAUAUUUUUGAUAACAGUCAGUGAAGCAAUUCCAGACACUUAACUGGAAACAAAUAUUAUAAGUUUCAGCAUAUCACCCUUAUUAUGUUAUAACAUUUAACUAGUCACAUGAAGGAUCUUUUUUAAUUGUUGUGAGUAGAUUUUAAAAUGUAGCAUUCCUAACAUAAGGACUACAGUAGAAACUUUGAAUUUGGGUAUGGAAAUCAUGUUUAAUGUAUAAGCAUACAAUUUCUGAGGAGAGCAUACAUUAUUUUCCAAGUAUUCACUUCAGUAUGCAAUGAAUCCCAUGUCUGGCUUCCAGCUGCAAUGUGGAAUCUGGUUUUGAAAAUCCUGACAUUUAAAAUGUAGCUGAUAUUGUGUUCUGAAGAAUUUAUGUUAACAGUAAGUGCCAAUAGAACAGAAUACAGCUUAUUUUAGAUGAAUCUUUUUGUCUACAUGUUAAAUGAGAACAAAAGCAAAGCUAAUUCCUGCGCAUAGGGUAGCUAUCUAUAGAAUGGGAAAACAUUACUAUAAAGAAUCAACCAUCAUAACUGCAGUGUUUCCCAUUGCUGUGUGAAAAUUGGACAACAGCUUUUGAGCACGAUAUUUGACAAUUAAAUGCAUAAAUCAAAAAAAUUAUGUGUAAGCUCUUCUCAAAACUUGAAUCUAGUUCUUCACAUACUGUAUAUUGAAUCAUGUGAAGUCGUAGAUAUUGCCUUGCAGAUUGAACGUAUUAGUAUAUUUGGGCCUUCUGUAAGUACCCAUAUAAUAUUAUUAUGAGGUGUCAUUUAUAAAAGUGAAAUAAUCUCUCUAGCAAUGAAAAUCAAAUUUUUCAGGUUUUAACAAUUGUGUGUGAUUAAAAAACAUCAAAGAAGCAAAAGCCUCAAAUUUACAUCUUAUCAGUUAAUUUUAAAUAACUUGUUCUUUCUUUACCACUCUUCAAGGGCAAGAGGUAGAAGAAAGGAAACUAUAGGCCAGUUAGUCUGACCUCGUUGAUGGAGUCAAUUAUUAAGGACGGGGUUUCAGGGUACUUGGAAGCACAUCAUAAAAUAAGCCAUAGUCAGCAUGGUUUCCUCAAGGGGUAAUCUUGCCUGACAAAUCUGUUGGAAUUCUUUAAAGAAAUAACAAGCAGGAACAUCGGUUGAUUUUGUAUCCUUGAAUUUUCAGAAGGCCUUUGACAAGGUGCCACACAUGAGGCUGCUUAACAGGGAAAGAUUCUAGCAUGGAUAAAGCAGUAGCUGAUUGACAGGAGGCAAAGAGCGGAAAUAAAGGGAGUCUUUUCUGGCUGACUGCCAGUGACUGGUGGUGCUCCACAGGGGUCUGUACUGGGACUGAUUCAUUUAUUUUGUAUGUCAGUGAUUUGGAUGAUGGAAUUGAUGACUUUGCUGCAAAGUUUGUAGACGAUAUGAAGGUAGAGUGCCCAUAAAAACUAUUGCCCCUCCCCCUGGAAGUUUUCAUGUCUUAUUGUUUUACAACAUUGAAUCAGUGGAUUUAAUUUGGCUUUUUAGACACUGAUCAACAGAAAAGAUUCUUUUGUGUCAAAAUGAAAACAAAUUUCUGCAAAUUGGUCUAAUUAUUAAACCCACACUAAUUGAUUGUAUAAUUACUCAACCCCUUCAAGUCAGUAUUUAGUAGAUGCACCUUUGGCAGCAAUUGCAGCUUUGAGUUUGUGUGGAUAGGUUUCUAUCUGGACACGUAAUUUUUCCCCAUUCUUUACAAAACUGCUCAAGUUCUGUCAGAUUGCUUAGGGAUCGUGAGUGAACAGCCAUUUUCAAGUCCAUCCACAAGUUGUCAAUUGGAUUGAGGUAUGGACUCUGACUUGGCCACUCCAGGACAUUAACUUUGUUGUUUUUAAGCAAUUCCUGUGUAGCUGUGGCUUUAUACUUGGGGUCAUUGUCUUGCUGGAAAACAAAUCUCCUCCCAAGUCUCAGUUCGCUUGCAGAUUGCAUCAUGUUUUCCUCCUGAUUUCCAGGUAUUUUGCUGCAUUAAUGUUACCCUCUGGUUUCACAAGUCUUCCUGAGCCUGCUGCUGUGAAGCAUCGCCACAGCAUGAUGCAGCCACCACCUUCCUUCACGGUAGAGAUGGUGCAUCCUUCUGCAGACUCAUGCUUCCUCAGAACUACUUGUCCCUCCCCCUAUGUUUGUAUCAUCUGAAAAGAUGGCCACACAUCAUCAAUUCUGUCAUCCAGAUUGUUGACAUAUAAUAUGAAAAGUAGCGACCCAACACCAACGACUACAGAAGUCUUCAUCAGCAGGCAAACAGAAACGUUCCCUUUAUUUACACUCUUUGCAUUCUGCCAGGCAGCCAAUUUUGUGUCCAUGGUAGUAUCUUUGCUGUAGAGAAUGGGCAAAGAAAUGGCAGAUGGAAGACACUGUAAGGUAAUGUCUGGCCAUGCAUUUUGAUAGAAAGAAUAAAAGCAGAGGUAAUUAUCUGAAUGGGCAGCGUAUUCUGAAAUCAGAGGUGCAAAGGGACUUGAGAGACCCAGUACAGGAUUACCUAAAGGUUAACUUGACUUGCAGGUUGAGUCAGUAGUAAGGAAGGCAAAUAUAAUGUUAUCAUUCACUUCAAGAGGACUAGAAUAUAAAAACAAUGAUGUAAUGCUGAGGCUUUAUAAGGCAUUGGUCAAACCACAUAUGGAGUAUUGUGAGCAUGUUUGGGCCCCAUUUCUAAUACUGGCACUGGAGAGGGUCCAGAGGAGGUUUAUGAAAACUAUCAUAGGAAUGAAAGGGUUAAUGUAUGAGACGUAUUUAAUAGCUGUUGGCCCGUAUUCACUGGAUUUCAGAAGAAUGAGGGGAAUCUCUUUUAAACCUACUGAAUACUGAAAGGCCUAAAUAGAGUAAUGGGAGAGCCGAGGACUGGAAGACACAACAUCAGAAUAUGAGGACAUAACUUUACAACAGAGGUGAGGAGGAAUUUCUUUAGCCUGAAGGUUGUGAAUCUGUAGAAUUUAUUGCCACGGACAGCUGUACAGGCCAAGUCAUUGAGUAUAUUUAUAAUCGCAAGUCAAUAGGUCCUUGAUUAUUUGGGGGUUUCAAAAGUAAUGGGAAGAAGUGAAGAAUGGGUUGACAGGGAAAAUAGUACUCGACAAGGCUGUCCUCUUAGUCCCCUAUUAUUUGAUAUUGCAUUAGAACCUCUUGCAAUUGCUAUUCGAGAAUCUUCAAAUAUUACUGGGAUAACUCGGGGAUUAAAGUCCCAUAAAUUAUCACGCUAUGCUGAUGAUUUACUUUUAUAUAUUUCUAAUCCUGAGAGAUCUAUUCCUGCUGUUUUAGAGUUAUUAGCACAAUUUGGUCUUUUCUCAGGUUAUAAAUUAAAUCUUAGUAAGAGUGAACUUUUUCCGAUUAAUAAACAUCUUCCCUUAUAUUAUAAAUUUCCAUUUAAAUUGAUUAAUAAUUACCUUUCAUAUCUUGGGAUUAAAAUUACUUGUAAACAUAAAGAUUUAUUUAAGACUAACUUUUUACUAUUAAUAGACCAUAUUACUCAACUUUCAUCUAAAUGGUUUCCUUUAUAUUUAACUUUGAUUGGUCGUAUUAAUGCAGUUAAGAUUUUUUUUUGCCAAAAUUUUUAUAUGUGUUUCAGGCAUUACCAAUUUUCGUUCCUAAAUCUUUUUUUGAUAAAGUCGACUCUAAAAUUUCUUCAUUUAUUUGGCAGAAUAAGAAUCCGAGACUGGGUAAAAUACAUUUACAGAAAGCUAAGAGAGAUGGAGGUUUAGCAUUACCUAACUUUAGAUUUUAUUAUUGGGCUAUUAAUAUUCGACAUAUGAAAUUUUGGUUACUUGACCGGGAUAUACUAUCUAUUCCUAAAUGGGUAGCAUUGGAAUUACAAUCUGUUCAGGGUUAUACACUUGGUUCUAUUUUAGGUUCAUCUCUUCCUUUUGAUUCGAAACGC